GAUGACUCAAGUGCGCAUCGCGAAGCGCAUUAUAUUCCGCAUUCGGAAGAUUUGAAAAAUAUUAUUUAAAGCUGUAAACAAUUGAUCGUGAUUUUGUGUUUUAAUUCAUCAUUAUGCUAGAAUUCGUGAUUGCUGAUUUUUCAUACAGUACACUCAUAAAUAUAUAUAUAAUAAUAAUCUUCGGUCUUAUUACCGGUAGAAGCCUUCAGCAAAAGGAAUGUGAUUGGCGAUGUGACGAUGGCGAGUGCAUUGAUAGUGAAUAUCUAUGUGAUGGUAUGAUUAACUGUGCUGAUGGCUCUGAUGAAACUAUAGAAAACUGCUAUGGAAAUUCAAAAUGUCCCACAUAUGCAUUUCGUUGUGCGUACGGUGCCUGUAUACCGGGUAUAAAACGCUGUAACAAUAAGCAGGAUUGCGCAGAUAAUUCAGACGAGCUGAAAUCUAUUUGUCGGAUGACAGUAUCCGAAGUUGAAGCGGCUGUGCGCGGUAGCUGCGGGGAUGCGGAGAUGCAGUGCGAUAGUGGUGAGUGUAUAGAUAGUGAUAAAGUAUGUGAUGGCAUUCGACAUUGUCCACAGGGCGAAGAUGAGACACUGGACAAAUGUGCGCCGUUUUCGUGUCAAUCAUUCGCCCACAGAUGCGCAUACGGUGCCUGCAUUGAAGGCAAGGCAGCCUGCAAUGGUACCGUAGAAUGCCACGAUGGUUCUGACGAAUCGUAUGCCCUAUGUGGCGGCACACGCAAAAGUAGCUCCACUCCACCGACAAGAAUUACUACAGUGCCUACAAUACCGUCUAUUGAGGAGUUUUGUAAAAUACCUAAAAAUCUUCCGAAUGUUAUAAUCACUCACGGAUACCUCGGUACGCAUUUAGCCAUGGGUACCACGGUACCAACAAAUACAUUUGUUAGAUUUUCUUGUCAAUCGGGCUACAUAUUAGAUGGCAAGAGCUACUCACUCUGUAAGAGCGAUGGAUGGGACAGCGAACUACCAAUAUGUACUAAUAGUAAAUACUGCAACUCAAAUGAGAUACGGGAAGGCGUCUCUACGAUAGCGCGUUGUUUUUACCAGAAAUCGGAAGUGCCAUGUGAAAAAAUUCUGCCGGGCACUACCGCCGAAAUCAACUGUGCAAUAGGAUAUACAAGAAAGCAUGUAACGAAUACCGAAUUACACUGUACAAAUGAUUACAAAUGGGAUCAAGAAAGGGCUCCCUGUGAACUGAAAUGUGGAUACGUUCAGCAAAAGUCAAUAUCAUUGGCAAAAUAUGGCACAGAAAUUAAUGUUACUGAGGCACCCUGGCAUGUGGGUAUCUAUAGCAAUUUGAAUGAAAGAGAUUUUAAGCGCUCUUGCGGUGGGUCAAUCGUUUCAACGCGACUUGUGGUUUCAGCUGCUCAUUGCUUUUGGGACGACGCCGUCGAGGCGGUUUACGACAAAAGACUAUUCAAAGUCUCUCCCGCAAGAUCUGCCUCCGAGUCUAUCAGCAAUGAAGGUUACAAUGUUGCCAGCAUUUAUGUCCCUUCCAAGUACAAGAGUUUCAAUGAAAAUUAUGACGGUGACAUGGCGAUUAUCAAAGUAGCAAAACCUUUCAUAUUUAGCGCCUACGUGCGCUCAAUUUGCUUUAGAUAUCAACAACAAGCCGCCGCCACGGUGGAAAACGGUUUGAAUGGCUACAUUGUAGGAUGGGGCAUCACUGCGAAUAGCAGUAACAUCGAUGUAUUUCAGAAAAUUAGUGUAUCGACGGUGUCUUACUACAAUUGCAUUGAAAAAUUAAAAAUCAACGAAACUCACAAUUAUGAUUUGCCGACAGAUAAAUUUUGUGCAAUACGAAGUUCAAGUACGGGCGACAUUUGUCAAGGAGACAGCGGUAGUGGGUUCGUCAGAUAUAUUGAUGGACGCUAUCACUUAAUCGGAGUAAUAAGCCAUGCGCCAUGGAGCCAGAGUCGCUGUGCUUUAGAAAGCCUUAUAACGCUAACGAAUGUACAAUAUUAUGAGGAAAUACAACAAAAUAUACUAAAUGAUGAAGAGCAAUGAAUGUACAUUACGGACUAAAAUUGAAAACAAAAUACAGAAAUUGUAUUUCAAUAAGUUAAGUAAAUAUGUAUAUGAAUAAGUUAUGUUACUUUUAAAGAAAAGCAACUGGUUAGAUGUAGUUUUUUUAUAUAUAGCGAAUCAGUAUAUGAAUGAAAAAUGGCUGAUAAAAUAUUUGACAGUUAAAAAGAAAAACCAAUAAGGAAUGUACAUAUGUUGUUUGGUUUUUCCCCAACAGUUGGCACAUAAUUUUUUUACUACAAUUAAAUUAUUAUCGACAAACACCCCUGCAAAAUCGGGCUGAUGGGUUUACCAAUCCACUCACAUGAUUUCGGGUAACACUAACACAUAAGCAAAUUGGUUUGUUUAUCUUUCUCUGCUGAGUACAUACAAAUUGGAGAAGAAUGCAGCUAGUUAAACGGAUUAUCCGAUUUGUUUUAUGUAGAACGCCAUUUUUAUCGUUUUUUCUGCAAUAUGAUGAGGAUCCUUGUCGAUUAAUUAAAAACUUCAUUUUUCAUAACUCU